AUGUCUACAUAUCAUCCUAGUUUUAGUUCCUCAGGAGGACUUGGAAGUGUUUUCAAAUCCAUUACUAAAUCAUUUAAACAAUCACCAUCCACUAAACGAGUUCCUGUCACCAUCAAUCCAACAGUUGUAGGUGGUGGCCAAGAUUUACAAAACCUUAUUGAUCAAUUACAAACUUCAUCGUCAUCAAGUGUUAAAUUACAAGCAGUUAAAAAAUUAAUUGAAUCAAUUAAAAAUUAUCUGAUUUCAUCAAUUCCUGAAAUAUGGUACGUUGCUCGUAAGAAUUGCGACAUUAAAAAUAUAAAACAUUCACGAGAUCUUCGACGAGCAACGUUAGAAUUAUUAAAUGCAUGUAUAAAGAAAGAUGAUUUAACGUCUGUGGGGACAAGAAUACGAUAUUUUAAUGAUAUUUUCAAAUGUUGUAUAUUUCAAGAUAAUAAAUUUGAUCCCGAUUUUGAUUUAUUUUUAAAAGCCUUACUAGUGUUAACUGGUGAAGGAAGAGAUAUUUAUGAUUUUAUAAUAUAUGAAGAUAGAAAUAAUCUAUAUAUUUUUUUGGAAAAUUGUUUAACUGUUGCGAUUGAAUUACUGGCAGUUUACAAUUUUCAAACAGAGAUUCAAGAUAUUACAACUAAAGAGAAUGAUGAAAAGUUUGCUAAUAUAUAUAGAGUAAUUGAAUUCACGAGAAAUUGUAUCAAAUUCAAUUAUACUGUUUUCAGUGAGAAUAUGGUCAUUUGGAUAAUUAAUAAGAUUAUUGAAACCAAAUCUAAUAACAAACUAAUAUUAUUGGCGAUUAUAGAUAUCAUCAAUUCGUUAUCAAUAUAUGGACAAGUCCCCAAAGAAUGUAUACCACAAAUGGUCAAGUUUUUGGCAACCAUUUAUGGACUGAGUUUAGAUAAAGGUAUUAGUUCAUCAGUAUGGGGUUGUGUUAAGAAUCUUUGUCAUGAUCAUACGUAUCGUGACAUUAUAAAUUCUUUAUGUGACAAUAUUCAAAGCCCAGAUAUAAAUCUUUACAAAAUAGAUUCUGCAGAAGGGUUACAAUCAGUAUAUGCAUGUACGGGAUCAGUAAAAUUAAUAAGAAAUUUCCAAGUACAAUCUGGUUUAUCACGAAAUGAAAAUAUAUUUGAAAUCCUGCAAGUACAAAUAUUGAAUUCAUUUAAAGUUGCAUUAAGUUUUGGUAUAGAUAUUAUAAAUUCAGUAUUUUUGGAUUGUAUUGAUAGACUUUUAGCUAAAGAUUCUUAUAUUGACAACUUUGAAAUUUCAUUUAAUGAUUCCAUUGAUAAAAUAUUCCCUUUCCAAUUAUGGUACUCUUCUAAUUCAAUGUAUGAUAUUUUCAAUUUGUUAAAAGUAGAUACUGAACAAGAUAAGAGUUGUUUCCAAAGUAUAUGUUUAUCAUUGCAAUCGUUAUAUGAAAGUCAAGAAUUGUUUACUCCUAAAGAUAAAUUGAUUAAUUUUUUCACAAAUUAUAUUGAAUAUUUACCGAUUAAUACUAUUAUAUUUGUUUUACAAUAUUAUUCUGAUAAUAAAAUGUGCAGUUUGCUUAAUCCAUUUUGGCGAGAAAAUUCCAUGAAAUUAUUGAAUCAUUUUUAUUUCCCCGUUAAUAUUGAUGUGACAGUGAAAAUGAGGUGUCUUCAAGUUAUCUUGGAUGCGUAUAAUACUUCUGUUGCAAUAUUUAACGAUAAUGAUAUCAAAUACGAAAUUAUUUUAGAAAUAGCAAAGAGAUCGUUACGUGAAACAAAUGAAGAGUUGUUGAGGUAUUUGAUUAAUAACUUAUUUGGUGUUGUGUUUUUGAAAUGUCCCAAUACAAUAUUCAAACAAUUGGUGACCGUGUUUUUACCCUUAUUUCAACCUCCUCAAGCACCACCGAAAUCACUGCAUCUAGUUUUUGAAGGUCUGAUCACCCUGAGUUUUGUAACGUCUACCCGUACACUGGGUACUGUACAAGAACAUGGAAGUAUAGAAUUCACAGAAGCAAUAACUAAAUUAUUAUGUACAACAUUUAUUAAGGCAACUCCGGAAAGAGCUCAAGAUUGUUAUAAUUUUUUGAUAGAAAUAGCCAAUUUAUCGAAACAUAAUGGUAAUGUAUUGUUGAUAAUUGCUAAAUGUUUGGUUCGAAUUAGAUCGACAACGGAAAACUAUAUUUAUUUUACCCAACCUAGUGAUAUGGCAGGUUUAGCAUUAGCAUUCCGUCGAGAUAUUUCAACAACAUGUUCCGAUAGUUCAAAAGUACUGGGGUGGGUAUAUCCAGAAACUGUAGAUUAUUUGCCUGAAGAAUUGUUUGACCAACCUAAUCGAAACUUACUAUUGUUUAAAGUUGCAAAAGAUGUGGAAACAGAUAAAUAUUAUAUUGAUAUUCAAAAAUGGCUUCAAUUGGUCUUAUAUAUAAUGGAUCAAUAUAUUGAUUGGGAAGUAUAUUCAUAUGUUUGGGCUCAUUUUGUUAGUCAAUUAUCAAAUACAAAAUUGUUUUAUGAUUGUGAUUUAGAAAUCAAUGAACUUCGGAAAAUUAUAUGCAAUCAAUUAACUUUGAAUUUACCUUCUAGUCUUAAAUUACCUCAUAAAACCCAAAAUAUUGAAGUCACCAAAGCAGAUUUACAGGUUGUUUUCGUUAGAAGUUUAUCAUCACUUACGGGAUAUUUCAAUAAAUUCACUAAACCAGAUCAAGAUCAAGUAGUGAAUAGUUUAAUAUUUGGAUUAGGAUCUUGGGAUAAAACUGCUGUUCCAUGUAUUAAUAUUUUGACAGUUUGUUGUUAUGAAAUUCCAUUAUCAAUUAAAAAAUUUUUGAAUUCAAUUUUAACUAAAUUACAAACAAGAAUAACUAGUGCUAAUGCUGCAGCUCAUUCUCUUGAAUUUUUAAUAUCAUUAUCACAACUUCCUAGUUUGACAACUAAUUUCACUGUUGAAGAUUUUAAACAAGGGUUUGGAAUUGCAUUUAAGUAUAUUCAAUAUUCAAUAGAUUUAGAAAAAAGAUCUCAACAACAACUGCAACAGCAAAAUCUGCCACAAAUAAUACAACAACAUGGUGUUGAUGCUGAUGUUGAAGAAACCCCACUGACACAACAACAAACAAUUACCCCAAUUCUAUCGGAAUAUAUAUUAAUGUUAUCGUAUCAUAUUAUUGCUAGCUGGUUUGUCACAUUAAAAAUGAGUGAUCGAGUUGAAUUACAACAGUUUAUUAUUAAAAAUUUGAAAUUAUGCAGUGAAAGCAAUGAAAACCUACAAGAUCAAACUAUUGGAUUUCUUGAUUUUAUCAAGAAAUUCACAUCUAGUGAUUUACCAUUGGAAAUGCGAUUACCCAGUAACAAUAACAAAUCCAAUACAAGUAAUGGUAAUGGUAGUGGUAGUAGUAAUAAUAGUAGUACUGCUAGUAUUUGUAAUAGAUGGAUGGUUGAUAAUUUGGUAGUAUCGAUUGAAACUGAACCAUAUGGUGGAGAUACUGAAUUAAUUAUUCGUAAACCAACUGGGAUAUCAAAAUUCAAUAUCACUUUAGAUCAUCCUUCAUCAAUGAACAAUAAUAAUACAUCACCUAUGGUAUUACCAAACUAUUUCUUACUGCAAUUAGUUGAAAGUAAUAUUGAUCCUAUUCUUAUACCUGAUGAUGUAAAUACCAAUCGAGCAAUAUCAGUGUUAGAUCGGAUUCCUAGUGUUGAAUUUCAUAAAAUAGGUAUAAUUUAUAUUGGUAAAAAUCAAAUGACAGAAAAUGAAGUUUUAAGUAAUCGAAUUGGAUCAAUUGAUUAUCAAAAGUUUUUAAGUAAUAUUGGUGAUUUAAUUAAGUUACAAGGAUGUAAAAGUAUUUAUACUGGUGGAUUAGAUACUGAAAAUAAUAUUGAUGGAGAAUUCACGAGAUAUUGGCGAGGGAAAUAUACUCAAGUUAUAUUUCAUGUUGCUACAAUGAUGAAUAAUGAACAAACAGGUCAAACAGGUCAAACAGGUCAAACUCAAAAUGGGAAUGGAAAUGAAUUAACUGAUAUGGAUAUUCAACGUAUGAUUGAUUUGAAAAAACGACAUAUUGGUAAUAAUCAUGUCAAUAUAUUUUAUGAUGAAUCAGGUCAUGAAUUUAAUUUCAAUUUAAUUAAAAGUCAAUUCAAUUUUUUAAGUAUUGUUAUUACUCCUCAUACUUAUUCUCAAGAUUAUAAUUUGACAUCAUCAUCAUCAUCAUUUUCAUCAUCUUCUUCAGAUGAUAAACUGUUGGAAAAAUAUUUCAAGGUGAAAAUGUAUCGACGUGGUGGUGUUCCGUCAUUUUGUGGGAUAUCUCAUUUUAAAUUAAUUAGUGAAAGAGAAUUACCAGUGUUUAUAAGAUCAACAAGUUUAUUAGCAAGUAUAUUUGCAAGUAUUUGGCAUGGUAGUAAAAAUGUUUGGUCUCAAAGAGUGAAACAAUUGAAACUCAUAUCUUCAUAUACCUUGCCUAAUCUGAAUUCAACAGCAACAACAACAACAACGGUGUAUAGUUGA